GUUUAGGGCUGGCGAGAAAAUGUGAAUCUUGGCUGAAUUUCACUACCAAUUUAUUUUUAAGUUUAUCAUGUAGUCUCAGUAGGAAGGUGAGCCUAUUUUCAUCAUGACGACUAAAAAGGUAGUGCUUGUCACUGGUGGAAGUGGUCUUGUGGGGAAAGGAAUUCAGACUAUUGUUGAAAGUGAAGAUAAAAGAGAAGAUGAGAAAUGGAUAUUUGUAGGAUCAAAAGAAGCAGACUUAAGAGAUUAUGAUGAAACAAAAAAGAUGUUUGCCAAGUACCAGCCUACACAUGUAAUACAUCUGGCAGCUAUGGUUGGUGGAUUGUAUUACAACAUGAGCCACAAUCUAGACUUCUUCAGAAAUAACAUGAAAAUAAAUGACAAUGUGCUGCAAGCCAGUUUUGAAACAGGAGUGACCAAAGUCGUCUCAUGUUUAUCCACCUGUAUCUUCCCAGAUAAAACAACAUAUCCCAUAGAUGAGACAAUGGUACACAAUGGGCCACCUCACUCUUCAAACUUUGGCUACAGUUAUGCCAAAAGAAUGAUUGAUGUAGCCAAUCGAGGUUAUUACGAACAGCAUGGCAAGACGUUUACCUCUGUUAUACCUUGCAACGUGUUUGGGCCCCAUGACAACUUCGAUCUUCAAGCCAGUCAUGUCAUACCGGGGCUUGUGAGGAAACUGUACGACAUAAUUGAUCAGGGGAAGAAAGAAUUUGUUGUCCUGGGAUCAGGAAAGCCUCUUCGCCAGUUCAUAUUCUCACUUGACUUGGCCCGUUUGAUGAUCUGGGUUCUCCGCAACUACGACUCUGUUGACCCAAUAAUUCUUUCAGUUGAUGAACAAGACGAAGUGUCCAUAGCAAAACUUGCAGAACUUAUAGCAGCAGCAUUUAAUUUUGAUGGCAAGAUUGUAUUUGACUCUUCUAAGGCCGACGGUCAGUACAAGAAAACCGCUAGUAAUGCCAAACUACGUUCACUGCUGCCUAAUUUUAAAUUUACACCUCUUGAACAAGCCAUAAGAGAAACUGUAAAGUGGUUUAGUGAAAACCAUUCAAAUGCAAGGCUUUAGCCAUAAGUGGUAAUGGUACAUUAAAAAUAUAUUGUUUUGGAUAAAUA